AUGAAAGAAGCGAUCGUGAGGAAGGACCUGUCAGUCGACAUUGUUGAUUCCCGCAUCCCCGAACCGGCGCCCGGACAUGUAUUGAUCAAGGUUGUUGUCGCUGGGUCCAACCCGAAGGACUGGAAGAUCCCGGUCCUGUUUGGCAAUGAAAUGAAUAGCGGUGAUGAUAUCGCCGGGACCAUUGAAGCCGUGGGGGAGGGUGUUGUAGGGUUCCACAAGGGGGACCGCGUGGCCGCCUUCCACGAGAUGAUGACUGCCCACGGCGCCUUCGCCGAGUACGCCAUUGCUCCUUACUAUACCACCUUCCACAUCCCGGGCGCGACCUCAUACGAAGAGGCCGCCACAAUCCCCCUGGCUGCCUAUACCUCUGCCUGCGCGCUCUUCCAGGAGCUUGAGCUCCCUGAGCCCUGGUCGCCGGUUGCCAAAGCCGCGGGCAAGGAGGACAUUCGCCGUCCUCUGAUUAUCUAUGGAGCCAGUACUGCUACUGGAGCUUUCGCUAUCAAGCUUGCCGCGGCUGCCAAUAUUCACCCGAUCAUUACUGUUGGCAGCAAGCGGAGCGACUUCAUCAGGCCGUUCCUCGACGCAACCAAGGGUGAUGUUCUCAUCGACUACACGGCUUACCCAGAAGAGGAGGAUCUGAUCAAGGCGAUCCAAGACGCUGUCAAGAAGGGAGGUGCUGCGGACGGUCGCUGCUGGAAGGCCUACGACACUGUUUCCGAAGACAACACAAUUAGGCUUGUCACCAAGGCCAUUGCCGGUCCGCCAGACGCCGCGGGCCGAAAGCCAAAGGCAACUAAUAUUUUCCUCAAAAGCGAGGUUGAGGGUUCUGACCCGAGCGUUGACAUUGUCUUCUCCAUGGUUGGUCAAGUUCAUUACGAGGACGAGAACGACAAGCUCAUUGGCGUGACAUGGGGAGCGGCGUUCGCGCGAGGUUUGCGCGAGGGUUGGCUCACGUCGCAUCCCUAUGUGAUAGGCAGCAAUGGCCUUGAGAGCUUGUCUGAAGGCUUAAAAGGCCUGAGAGACGGCAAAAUACGCGCACAGAAGUUUUUGACUCGUCUCGAUACAACGCCUGCGUGA